AGUGAGCUAAACCCUGAACCCUGAUUUCAAAAGUGAAAGCUCUAAUCUCUGACUCUUAGGCCCAAAUCGAGAUCAGAACCGCGCUCCUCUGUCUUUUACUCCGUCAUUCCCAAUCUGAGAGCAGAAGUAACGGUGGUGCUCUUCGUUUCCGUUUCCGUUUGCGAAUAUGACUAAGUUCCGGAAACUAGGUCGACCCACGGGUCACCGAAUGUCCAUGCUCAGAACCAUGGUCUCCCAGCUCAUCAAGCACGAGCGCAUCGAAACCAAUUUCAAUUUCGUAUAAACACUCUCUUCUCUCUCUUUCCAGGCUAAAGAGGUUCGCAGACUCGCUGAUAACAUGGUUCAGCUUGGCAAGGAGGGUUCUCUGUGUGCUGCAAGGCGCGCUGGUGCUUUUGUGAGAGGAGAUGAUGUCCUUCACAAACUCUUUACUGAACUCUCUUAUCGUUACAAGUUUGUAUUCACAUUCGUUCAAAACCCUAAAAAAGGAUAGAGAAGGUGGAUACACCAGAGUUCUAAGGACUCGAAUUCGAGUUGGUGAUGCUGCACCGCUGGCCUAUAUCGAGUUUGUUGACCGGGAAAAUGAGCUUAGACAGUCGAAGCCGCCAACACCACAACCACCACAGAGAGCCGCAAUUGACCCCUGGACCAGAUCUCGUCUCACGAGGCAGUUUGCACCUCCUAAAGAGGAAAAACCAGACUCUGGAUUAUGAUCCUAUUCAAAUGAAUGUAAUACAAGUACUUCUAUUUUUUAUUUUGUGAUAUCUGAAUUUUUGUUGCUUUUGUUUUGCCUGCUCCCCACAAUGAUUUCCAAAUCAGGCUCUUCCCGUGUCCCUUAAGCUAGAAGUUUUUCCUCAAUGUGUAAUAAUGGGAUUGAAAUCGUAGCCGAGGUAAUGAAAAUAUCAUUUUUUUUAUAACUUCUAUCUCAUUGCAACAUUUGUGUCCUAUGUUUGCCUUAUUUAUUUAGGUGUAUUUUUUGUCUCGAGUUCAUGCAAGCUCUUGUUAAACCUGAGAGAUGUAAUUCCUGUUACAUAACCCUAGUUCACCAGUAAAGAAGGGCUGGCCAUCUUGACAUAAAUGAAUGAAAUAGACCAUUGGAGUAGUAUAAUUAAUGGCGGAUAGUGGUUCAUAGUGGUGAAUAAAAAAUUGGCUCUGGAGAGAUGGUUGAAUUCACUACGGCAUAUAGCAGAAUGCAUAGCAGCCCAUUA